CAGACUCCCUGCUGCAGUAUUCAGUACUUUAUACGGCUCAGAGACAGGAAGAUGGCUCUCCGUUCCAGUGUUGAUGCGAGAGUCCUUAUUAUCGGAUGCGGGAUUUCAGGAGUCGGUGCUGCGCAGAAGUUAAUCAGACAGGGCUUCCGAAAUGUCCGCAUUAUUGAAGCAACGUCAAGAAGCGGAGGAAGAGUUAAAACUGGCAGACUGGAUGGUAAAAUUAUAGAAAUAGGUGCCAACUGGAUCCAUGGUCCCUCACAGGAGAACCCAGUGUUUCGCUUGGCCUCCCAGUACCAGUUACUUGAUGAAGAGUGCAUGUCUGAGGAGAAUCAGUCUGUGGACAUUGGUGGUCUUCCGCCUUUGCUUUCCACCUGGCUUUCCAGCUCAGGCAAGAAGCUUGAGGCUGAGGUAAUGGCACCUGCAGUGGAGGUCUUCUUGUCAUUACUUAAGAAGUGCCAGGAGUUCUACACCAGUAGCGAUGCACCCAUGUCUAGUAUGGGGGAGUUUCUUGAAAGAGAGGCUCUCCGGAUCAGCAAUGAAGAAUGGAAAGAAGAUGAGACUAGAAAGCUCAGACAGGCCCUGUUCAGCACACUGAUGAAGCUUGAGUGUGGUGUGAAUGGGACACACACGAUGGAUGAUGUGGACCUUGGAACCUUUGGCAUGUAUAAGUCCCUUCCAGGGCUGGACUGCACUUUCCCAGGAGGCUAUGAUGGCUUAAUUACACACAUGAUGAAUGAACUGCCUAAGGACAUUGUCUUAUUUAAUAAACCAGUUAAGUGCAUUCACUGGAAUAACAUCCACAGUCAGUCAAGCUCAAAGGAAGGAACAUGUCCUGUUACAGUUGAAUGCAUUAAUGGAGAGAUUUUUGAAGCAGAUCAUGUCAUUGUUACCAUUCCACUGGGCUAUAUGAAGAAACACCAUGACACUCUUCUGAAUCCUCCUCUGCCACAACACAAGAUGCACUCCAUCCAGAGAUUGGGUUUUGGGACCAAUAAUAAAAUAUUCUUAGAGUUCGAGCAGCCCUUCUGGGAUGAAGAAUGUGAAGUUAUCUUCCUCGUAUGGGAGGAUGAAUAUGAUCUUCAGAAUCAUGUUUCUGAUAUGAAGACUGCCUGGAUCAGGAAGAUGUCUGGCUUCACUGUACUGAAACCCACAGAGAGGUAUGGACAUAUUCUUUGUGGUUGGAUUGCUGGCCAUGAAUCUGAGUAUAUGGAAACUCUGCCUGAAGAGGAGGUGCUGCACACUGUGACUCGCCUUCUUCGCAGAUUUACAGGAAAUCCAACAAUUGCACCAAAGAAGCUUGUACGGUCCCAGUGGUUCCAUGAUCCCUACACCUGCGGAUCGUACUCUUAUGUGGCGAAAGGUUGCUCAGGUCAAGAUAUCGAUAACCUCGCCGAGCCUCUUCCACUCAUGGGUUCAGAAGCCGAGCCCUUACAGGUGCUGUUUGCUGGAGAGGCCACUCACAAAUCUUUCUUUUCCACUGUCCAUGGCGCUUUACUUACUGGCUGGAGAGAAGCGAACCGUCUCAUAUCACACUACAAUCCAUCACCAAGGAAGGUCACUGCAAAUCUGUAAAGAGUGAACUCUGUGUUUGUUUUAAAGAGAUGCAAAUGAUAUACUGAUAGGAUAAAAAAAGAUCCCUCCAUCUUUGAACAUCAGUUGUAAUAAGAAGGUUUAUCAUUUUAAGUGGCAAGAUUACUUUCAACCUUCUAUUCUUUGUCCAAUAGCAGCAAAAAACACCAAUCCAUCUGAAUUUUUUUUUAUUUUAUUAUUAUUAUUUUUUUACAUAUUAGACAAAUUAUGAAACUAAAAUAAAAAUUUUAAAAAAAUCAGGGUUUAUGAUCAAAUAAUUUCUGAGCAGUUAAUUUGAUUGAGUAGAUUUGUCAAUGUGCAGAAACAGUUACUGUAAUGGUUUUGUCACCUUCUUUUGAAAAACACUGGAGAGCAGAAAAUCUCAUUGGAAAUUCUAACAGAUGAGUAGGAUCACCAUCACCUUUACCACGAUCAUGAGAUUCAAUAAAAGGUUUACGUCUCAGACCUCAUGCAAACAGAGAGCACAGCAACAAGCAGAUGUCAACAGGCAAACCUUUAUUUUAAUCACCAGUAACUGAAAAUAUAGGUUUUAUUGCCUAGAUCUUCUAAGAGUUGAUGCUAGUUAUCUUCUGUAACUCUAGCUGAGUGCUAGUAGUUUAUAGAAACUAUCUAUGCAGUGGGCCCAAAAAGUCAAUGUUUACUUACACCUUUCUGCAUGUUACAUCAUCUAAGGCAGUUUGUCAGAUAUUUAUGGUCUAGCAUUGCUCAGUGACUUUGUGUUACUUCCUUCAUGUAUGCUUAGCUGAUUUAGUUAUAGGCUAGUGGAACAACUGCCAUGUGUUGCUUGUCCUCUGUUACUUCAGCUGUUUAACAGGAUAAAAAAAAAGGGGGGGGGGAGGAUAAAAAUGUGUGGUGUUCCUAAUUUGCAUAUUCUCAGAAUUUAGUGUUGUUAAUUAGGGUAAAAUCUGUGUCCCAGCACUUUUCUGUUGUGUAAUGCAGCACUUCUCAAUCAUUUUUAGUUUAAGGCCACCUUAACUAUGGAUGGAUAGUGUGGAUAGUUACAAGUGAGUCAGCACCAGCGGUCUGUGAAAUUAUGAUUUGUGAUUGGUUAGCACAUAUUUAAUCUUAACAACAUUUCAUAACCUCUACUGUUUUUAAACACAUACCACUCUUUAUAGAUUUACUAAAUUGACAAAAUGACUAAGUAGAGAUACAACUUGGCACCCUGGUUUGAGAACCAUUGGGUUAAUGACUUUCACUGUGUAUAAUUAUUAAUAAUAUGAUGAAUAAUUAUUAUUACUCAGUACAGAAAAAAAAACAGUGGUCACCAGCAUACAAGUGACUAACAAAUGCCUAAAAAAAGAAACAAUUAUUUAAUUAUAUAUAAAGACUAAAGCUGUUAAAUGAUCUGUCUUUUAUACUGUUUAUGAUUCUUUGUUGACAAAAUGAAUGUAACUGGACUUUCAUUAAAACCCCACAAAUAUGACAAAAUAUUGGUGAUACAAACUGUUUGAUUGUUUCAGCAUUUUAGGUUCCAGUGUCUACCAUGAAGAUAUUAUUGUUUUUCCCGAUUCUUUCUUUUUGAAUGUCUACUGCAGAGCAAUAUUUCUGUGGUAAAUUAAACAAACACAGUUUUCUUCUUACUCUGAAUGCAUUUGAUCAGUCAGGAGAUGAUGGGUAUCUAAGGUUUGCUUAUUUAGUUUUGUACUGGAGCUACAAGCAUAAUGUAUCUUAAAGUAAGAGACAGCUUUUCUAGUUGUUUUUUUCUGAUUCGUUUGACUCUUUAUGUAUGACCAUGAUUCCUGUUUCAUGUCAUCUUCUGGGUGCGUUGUACGUAAUGAGAAGGAUGUGCCUUUUCCUAUAAGUCCUCUUGUCUCUCCUCCAUUUUCUCUUCUUCUCUCACUCCUUUCACUCUUUUUUUAACAGCUUUAAAAAAAAACACUAAAUACUGUAAUGAUCUGUGAGAUCUCAAUAAAUAGUCUGUAAAAUUCA